GUCUAUUCCCGUUAACGUCUGAACAUUCUUUAGACAGGCAAAGCAUUCGUUCAGAAUGUAGGAAAGAGCGGGCCGCAUUGAAUCAACGAUCUCCCAACAUAAAACGUACUAUACUUUGUUUUGACAGAAAUUUCGGGUUUGAACUUCUACUCUCAAGUCUCGAAGUGCAUGUUUUGGGUAUCAUAGUUUCUCUAUAACAGGUGGGUUUUUUUACUUUCACAUUUAAAGCCUCAAUCGACUGUUAAGUUAUGAGAUUACCAACCGUUUUUUUAAAUACUAAAUAUGCUGUUUGAUCCUAAAAUUAUUGAGGGAUUUGACCUAUGAUUAUCUGUUCGGACUUCAUGUUAAAUUCAUGAUUCUUUAUACUUAAGUUAAUAUCAAUUUACAUUCCAGCAGACAAGCACAAUAAUUCAGUCUUGUGAGAAGUUGAAGAUGAAUGCAUACACAAUGAAGGUAUGUGGACUAUGUUGAAUUUAAUGUUAAUCUAAUCUGGUUAUCUUUCAUCAAUUUGAUGAAACGUGAUGUUUUGUGAUGCCUUUGGUUUGUUGAGGUUGUUUAUUUUAAAUAUAAGUUUGUACUUGUCAUACUGAGUUAAGUAAAUUUAUUGAAUAAUAAAAUUGAUGCAAAAAUGUUUUCAUCAACUUCGAACUAAAAUUCGUUUAACUCAGGGGCGUGUCAAGCGGAUAGGCGGAAAAAAAGAGGGGGUGUUGGCGUGUCUGGGGCGAAGAUGCCAACCCGAGCGCAAUUAUUAUUGGUGUGACAAAACGGUCACAUAAAUAUGAGUGAGUGUGAAUUGUGCACUUUUUAGUUAGGAUACUGGGCUAUCAAUUUUCAGGCUUUGCACCGAGAGCGAGUUUUUUCUUUUUCAUAACACUGGGUUUGCAAAUUAAAUUGUGCUAUUUGUGAAAUCAGUUUCUGUUAUAAGUUUGAAUAGCUAAAAUAUAAAAAAUUAUUUAAACAUUUGCUACCAUUUACUAUCUACCUUUUUUCCUCUUAAAUAAUUGUCUUAACCCAUUAAAGUAAUCUCUUGAAUCAUAUGCUUUAUUUGUCUUAGUUGUAUAAUCUUAUAUUAUUGAAUAUAUUCUAAAAAAAAAUUAUCUGUAUGUUAUGUAGAAGACGUGUUUACGUCAUGUUCCCCGUGCUGUGAACUCUGUUUGACCCUUAGCCUCAUGCUGCAUUCUUAUUGGGCGUGGCCUAUUCCCUUUCAUCUUGGCGUGUUUACUACCGCUACCAAUUAAACAUAACUAAUCUGUUCUUGUAAGAUUUUGUGGAAAGUUCUCGAUUAGACUAGAAAGGUAAACAUGUCUAAGUCGUUUCUGGAAUGCGUCUUACGCUGCAUAUAGAAGGGUCCUAGAGAACAUUAAGGGGGAGGAGAUUUAGGAUAGAUAUUUUUCCACUUCACGAGACAAGUGUAUUAUUCUGUGUGUACCCAUAUGUGUUUAUUCGCAUUCAUCAUUGUACAUUAUUAAUUGACACAUUGUACUAACUGUAUACCGGUACAAGACAUCCGAUACUCUGUAAGUUAAUGAUUGUAAUUAAAUUUCUUUUUUUUUUUUGUAAUUAUAUUAAUACUUAGAUAAAUCUUAUUAAUUGCAAUUAGUACUGUUUUGAGUGUCGUAUUUUUGCUAUUGUAUUUCUCUAUGGUAUCGUCAUCUGUUAGGUACUGUUUAGAACGAGACAUAAACUUAAAAUAAGAGAUUAAUUUCUCACGAUAGAAGGCAGUGCGUAACACUGCACUAUGCUUAAAAUAAAUAGCUAAAAGGAAAAAUCUUUCAUGAAUCUGUACAGGACAGGUUAUACAUGAGUCAGAUCAUGCUUGAUAUUAUACACAUCAGGUCACGCAUCAUUCAGUACAGUUCAGGUCAUGACAUAAGUCUGUACAUGUCACGUCAUUGGAUAAGUCUGUACAAAUCAGGUCACGCAUCACUCUGUACAGUUCAGGUCAUGACAUGUCUGUACAUAUCAGGUCAUUGUAUAAGUCUGUACAUAUCAGGUCAUGAAUCAGUCUGUACAGUUCAGGUCAUGACAUAAGUCUGUACACAUCACGUCAUUGUAUAAGUCUGUACAUAUCAGGUCAUUGUUUAAGUUUGUACAAAUCAGGUCACACAUCAGUCUGUACAGUUCAGGUCAUGGUAUAAGCUUGUACAUAUCAGGUCAUGGCAUAAGACUGUGCAGAGCAGGUCAUGCAUGAGUCUGUACAUGUUGCGCUUGCUUUGAUCAAACUUGGGGUAUACGUAACGUGUGCAAGGUUCUGAAAGUAGACCAAAUUUCGAGACAUAUCACAAUUCAAAACAUGUACUUCAACAUUACGCGAGGGAGUGCUUCCAUUUUCUUUACCACUAAUCGUUUAGAAGGAAGUAUUGGGGGGGGGGGAGUGUUGAUAUUCUAUAUUUAACUUUUUAAAAGUCAAGCCAUAUUUUGGUUAAAAAAAAAUAUUUGGUGGAAGAGUAUUUUAUAAAUGUAUACACAUAAAGAUAAUCACAUUAUUGUAAUAUAGACACAAAUUAUUCAUUGUAACUUUGAAUAGCGCUCCGAUCGUAGCCUAGUUAGCUUCACCCUUUAACCUUGACAUGUGCCCCAUUUUUAAAUUAGAACAGUUCAAAAUUUAAUUUAACCUUGACAAGAGCAUCACUUCAACCUAGACCACUGGCCCAUGUUAACUUACAGAGGUGCAUCAUUUAAACCUAGACAAGGGCGUAACUUUAACCAAUCCCUUCUGCCAAGCUUUGAUCAUCCCUUUGUCAACGGUGAACUUUAACUCAGUCGUCCGUUGUAAGUUUUAGUUGUAUUCUUAUGUGGAAAAAAAUGAGCUUAGAUGGAAGUGAAAUAACAAGAAACAUGAGAUGAGGCAUUUAUGUUCUCUCUACCUAGUGAAGCCAAGCUCUCAGUGUUCCGGUGGUGCUGUUCACUAUCGUAUCGAAAGGAGCAGCAUGCUUCCGUCCAGUCAUGACCAAUCAAUAAUGCUCUGCGGAACGAACUUUCGCAAGGCGUUUGUUAGAGCCAUUCAUCUUGUUGUGAGCAUGUAGUAAAAAUUGCAAUUAAGGAAUAAACUGUAGUCAAAGUGGCCGUUGAUGGAAGCAUCGUUUAAUUUUAUGAAUAUUUAUGGUAGCUGAAUAGGACCAUCAACAGAUAACAAUCCAUAUAGUACGUGCGUACUUGGGGGGGGGGGGGGAGGUGUCGAUUUUGCAUACACGGGCGUAUAGUCUGGGGAGGGGGGAGGUUGUCUUUUCAGAAAGUACUUAUAAUUUUAUGAAUAUUUAUGGUAGCUGAAUAGGACCAUCAACAGAUAACAAUCCAUAUAGUACGUGCGUACUUGGGGGGGGGGGGAGAGGUGUCGAUUUUGCAUACACGUGCGUAUAGUCUGGUGAGGGGGGACGUUGUCUUUUCAGAAAGUACUUACAUCCCAUAAACUAUUCUAAAAAUAUGAUUCUGAAUCUCCGACAGUAGAAAAAGCAUAAUCAUAUUUAAAAAAACAGUGAAAAACAUAUAUGUAAAAACAGUUAAAAAUAUUUAAAAAGUAUUAAAAUAUUUAUUAAUUUAAAAAAAAAAUUACUUAAGCAAUUUUUUGGGUGAGAGCGAGUGGGUUGAAUGGAAAGUGUCUUGUGCAUAUGCAAGAAAAGGAAAAGGGUCCAAAAAAGUGGGAACAGGUGGGUGGGGAGUAAGAAAUUUGACUUCUUUUCCGGGAACGUACUGUACAGAAUACCACCAGUGAGAUCCAAUAAUAACCAACAGCAGGUCCGAUAAGGUUAAAGAGCAUCUAGCAGUUGCUGUGAAGUUUACGCGAUAACAUGACAUUUAUCAAACCUACCAAGACGAGUGUUGCAUUAUUCUGAGAUGACAUGAGCAGAAAUAUGUAAAUAGAGCCCGAGGUCAAAGUUAUAAUUGAUAUAAUCAGAGUUACAGCAACGCAUCUGUUGAUACCAGUAAUUCAUUGUAUUCUGUACUUGUCUCAAAGGUCCAAGCCGUGAAAGGAAUCCAGGAAGAGGUAUUAAAGAUCGGAACGAUCUUGACAUCUUCAGUGGGGCUGGAAACUAUUAAAAGUUUUACUGAACAUGUAAGUAAAGUGCUCUGCUUUCUUUGUAAAGAACGGAACUUAAAAUGAAUGUGCAAGAUAUUAUAAGGGGUGAUUACUGUCGUUAAACUUGUUUCACUUUAAAUGCACACACUUGUCCGAUGAAUUCUGUGUUGGCAGCUCAUAAAAAUGGUAGUCACUAAAAUCAGGAUCAAGUUGACACAAUUACAGUUGUUAUUUUUCACGUUCAUGCUUCCGCAUUUAGUUUUUAGUGCAGAAAUAUGUUUGCCACACUGUUUAGCAAAACUUGGCAUUUUCUGACAGUAGUUGGGUUUAGAAGCCUCUGUAGGUCUCAACGGUACGUUGCUGAUCGAACUGAUCUAGCGAGACACAAAAUACUAAGCAGCAUGUUUCGUUGAUUUUCUAAUUAUCCGGCAGUUUCACCCACACCACCUUGAAAAAAAAAUACAAAGUUAAAAUUAAAAAAAAAAAAUAAUUAAUCUACAAAGUUUAAAAAAAAAUUAAAAUUCUACAAAGUUAUAAUAAAUAAAUUAUAAAUAAUUAUAACACGAAAACUUCCGUUCGUGAUUGACAAUUACAUUUAAUCCGUCUAGUCCAUAUGGCCGUUGAUUCACAAAAUAAUAAAAUAUCGCCUAAAAACAGACAUUAGGGCGAAAUGAAAAAAAAUAAAAAUUAAUAUUGUUCUUUUAAGCAACAAUCCUUAAAAAAAUAUUCUUAAAUAUUCCCACAUAAAUAUUUCUCCAUAUAACGAUGCGACUAACGCUUAUAUAUAGUUCUUAUUUGACUAAAUAGAAUUCACAAUAACGACGCUAAAUGAGAUUCUUGUAAAAACACACCAAUGCGUUUGUUGAGUAAUAUUUUCUUUUGUUUUAAGGAAAUAGUAGGUGUAAUAAAUGUGCCAUGUAAAAGGGAGUGUGACAUUAGAGUCAUAAUAUAAUUCAGGGGCGACGUUGUAGCGGGAAGGGAGGAGACUAGAACAUAAUAAGAAUUUUUAUAAAGUGGAAUGCAUGUUCUGUUGCCUAGAAAACGACCGAAAGUGAUUUUCUGAUUUGUCAACUUUUGGCGUAGAAACCGAAGCCGAAGUCGAAAUUUGGUCAGGCUGUACUAUCAAGUAACUUCGUUUAACGGGAAUUUUACCCACUGCAGCCGCCAUUUUAAUUGUUUGGCGGGGUAAAGCUGGUAAGAAAUCGUUCCAAAAGAACACAUGCACGUGCAUACAUCUUCUUUAUCAUUUUCCAUCAAGAAAAAAUCACCAUUUCGAUUACGAAAUUCAGAAAAACAUGUUUAUUUAUAAUUUUAGCUGGUGAUCUGGCUGUGUGGACAAGUUCCAGACGAACAUACUGAAAAAAAUAUGAAUGUAUGUUUUCACGAGCUGCUCCGCUUAGUCGCUGACAAUAGUAAGUGGAAUCUUUCUGUAGUUUUUUUUAACGAGUAUUUACAUUAUAAAUGUCCUAUAUAUUUAAUAAAAUAUUUGAAUAAAUAAUUUAUGUAAAAAAAAAUCCCAUAAAUAACUAUUUAAUUAAAAAAAAAUAUUUGAUUUGUUUUUAUUUGUAUAUAUAGUCUAUGAUUUUGUAUCAAUGUGUGUUGUAUUUCAGGAAUAUUAAGAACACAUCUUUCUAAUAUAAUUUCAGACGUUACACUCCAUAGCAAAUUUAAAGACAACGUUUUUUUAAAAAAAAAGGUUUCUGAAUUUAAUGAAAUAGAAACCAUUCCCGCUCAAGGUAGGGAACAAAUGAAACACCUGGCUUGUAUUGAAAUGGGACAGGUAUGUAAACCAAUAAACUAACACACAUUUUUCAAAAUAAAAUUAACAGUAUUUAUUCUUUAAAUUUAUUAUUCUUGACUUUUAUUGACCCUUUCCCCUUCGAUUCUAGUCGAUAUGACUGCAUUCGCAUGCUGAUUAAGAGACACUGCCACCGACCCACUGGCGAUACCCUGUUGCCACAGCACCACCCUAGUAAGGCACGUUCGCGUGAAGACACGUGUUUUGAGAUGUAUUCGAGUUAGAAAGUGCAAGGCUGUAUGGUUCCAACCACAUAAACAGUUUGAAAUAACGAAAGACAGGGGGUCACGAUCGUGAUACCCAGCUGCCGUUAAUGAAUCUGAGGUUUUGUGGAAAUAGUGGCACCUAUGUCGAUGAAUCUUUAAUACGGCAUGUGAGAGGGACUGGUUCCUAGGCAACCGUUUCGUCCCGGUUGUCGUGAACUAUUCACUGGGUAGAAACAAUUGUAAAGACCCCAUUAGAGGGCGUAUGAAACCACCUUGCGAUCGGAAGGGGUGUAUAUUUAGGACGUUAUUCAUAACAUAAUUAGGAAGGGGGCUGUCUCAGUGGCUUGCGGCGUUCUAUUACGCUAUUCAGUUUGGAGGAGUAAACAAAAAGGGGGGGGGGGCGGGGGUCGGGCGGAGAAAUUCGCCUAGAAUGGUAUAAUGAUCUUCCGUUUAACGGCUUUCUGUCAUCUUUGGUAGUUUCAAUUUUAAGCAUUGUCAAAUACUACACCAAAUUAUUAAAAAGAAUCGAGUUAAAUUUAAACAGCCAUUAGCGAAGUCAGACCACAAGAGUCCACCAUAUUUUAUCCACUGUUAUCUCAAUACAAUCAUCAAAAAUAUAUAUACAAAAAAAGAGUAGUUGACCUGAACGUGUGAAAAAGAUUUGGGCUUAUAUAAAUACCAUUUAUACCAUACCCUGUAAUGUUAUAAACAAACACAUGAAGCAUUAAGAAUGUAAAAUGUAGACUCAGUUAUUGUAUAAAAAAAAAAAUUACAAACAGUACAUGUAACACUAUGGGUAGGAAACGUAAAAUAACGGAUCAUGCAUUUCACAUUACAAAUUGAACUAUUUAUAAUGUUAAUUGUACGAAACAUAAUAUACACUAUCAAUUAUCCCAUUACAAUUUUUACGUCUUACAUAACUAUAGCACUUGACAUAUUAUAAAAAAAAAGGGCAUGCCCCAAUACACACGGUACUUGUGACAUUAGAAAUAUUUAAUUCCCUGUAUUAUGAAACUGUUCAAGUAAGGACGUCAAUUCAUAAUUUACCAACCACUUACCAACGUUUCAUAAACAUUAUAUAUGAAAACUACAAUAUUCUAAGGCACGUAAUAAUUUGACAACUUCGCUAACGAAGCAAACGUCGCUGCAUAAAUUUUACAUGAAACUUUAUUAUUUUUAUAUGUAAAAGUUGACAUAAAAAUGAAAUAUAAUGAAACGGUAAAGCAUUUAAAAAAAUUCAUAUGACGUGUAAAUAGUACAAAUUUCGUGGUAAUAAGCGUAUGGCAAAUCUAUAAUAAUGCAUUUCCAGGAUACAUAAUAAAUAUCAUAUUAUGAAUAGUGAAUGUCUUAUUAUAAAUAAUGGGUUUCAUAUUAUUAAAAUAGUGAAUAUUACAUUAUGAUUAGCAUCAUGAAGAGCAGUAACAAAAAAUGAUAAAUUUUGAACAAUGACAAGUGACAUUAUUAAAGUGGGUGUUACAAAUUAUUUAAACUUUCUUUAUAUUUCAGGAAAAUGAGAAAUCUGACGCAACUGAAACGGUAAGUGAAAUCAUUUAUAUAGGUGGCAAUAUUUUAUUUCAUCAACCGAUUAAAAAUGUACUGGAAGUUAAAACAGUACAAGGAGUAUUUUGAAUAGCGCAUUGCCAAGCAUACACAUUAGAUAUCAUACUAUGAAUAGUGCAUGAUUUCUUUAAAAAAUCAGUAUUAUAUGUUGUUAAAAAUGAAUGUAACAUUAUGAGUUGUAUAUUUAAUAAAGUUAUUUAAAAUUAGUCUGAUGUUGAACAGGACAAUUUGCAUUACAACAGUGCGUGUCACAAUUUUUUAAUCUGACCUUCAUAUUUCAGAAAAAGAAAUCUGACUCAACUGAAACGGUAAAUGAAACCAUUUAA